GAAGGGAAACCAGCCAAGGAAGAGACGGGCUGAAUCCACUCAUCCAGGAGGAGGUUUGGAGGAUCCUAAAGAGACCAUGAUCCAGCCGAAGAUGCACACUAAAAAGAAAUCGUAUAACUGCCCCGAAUGUGGGAAAAGCUUCACUCAGACAUCAAAUCUUAUUAUACAUGAGAGAAUCCACACAGGGCAGAGACCCUAUAAAUGCCUUGAGUGUGGGAAAAGCUUCAGGCAGAGAUCAGACCUCAGUAAACAUCAGCGAAUCCACACGGGAGAGACCCCUUAUAAAUGCCCCGACUGUGGGAAAAGCUUUAAGCAAAGAUUCAGCCUCAUCGUACAUCACCGAAGUCACACUGGAGAGACCCCUUAUAAAUGCAAUGACUGCGGGAAAGGCUUCACCCAGAGCACCAACCUGGUUUCACACCAGAGGAUCCACACGGGAGAGACACCCUAUAAAUGCACCGACUGCGGCAAGAGCUUCAAGCAAAGAUUCAGCCUCAUCGUACAUCAAAGAAACCACACUGGAGAGAGAGCCUAUAAAUGCGCCGACUGCGGGAAAAGCUUCAAGCAGAGCUCGGAGCUCAUUUCACACCAGAGAAUCCACGUCGGAGAGAGGCCCUUCAAAUGCACGGAGUGUGGGAAAAACUUCAGUCAGAGCUCGGGCCUGAUUAGACAUCGGAGAACCCACACGGGAGAGAAACCCUACAAGUGCAUCGAUUGUGGGAAAGGCUUCAGUCAGAGCUCAGGACUCAUUAGGCAUCGGAGAACCCACACGGGGCAGAAACCUUAUGACUGCCCUGAGUGCGGGAAAAGCUUCACUCAGAGCUCAGCCCUUAUCGUACAUCAGAGAGUCCACACAGGAGAGGCACCCUAUCGCUGUUCUGUCUGUGGGAAAAGCUACAAGGUGAAGGACUCCCUUAUUUCCCACCAGAAACUCCACACAGGAUACAGGACAGAGGCCAGGAAACCUCUCCCCUGCCCUUUGCACCCUGACAGGCUGCAGAGUAACAAGGGGAAUGGUGGCAGUGGAUCCGGCUCAGGUUUUCCAAUUCCCAAGCCCAGCAUGAUCUCCCAGCUGAACCGAGGGGAAGAGCCGUGGGUCCCUGAUCUCCAGGGGUUCCAGGCUAGAGAGAUCCAGAGAAACAUCCCCAGAGGUGAUGAAAUCUUGAGUGAAAGGAACAAAGAGAAUCCUUGUCUGGAAAGUCCUGAGCAAAUGGAAGCAAAGGGGACAUUGCUGGGAAGGUGUGAAGGGGAUGAUUCCCAGUUUUCUGGGCAGGGAGAAGCCCAAGAAACUCAGUGCAGGCCAGAGAAGCAGCAGGGAAACCCACCAGGGAAGACACUGGGUGAAUCCACUCGCAGCGGGGGAGGUUUGGAGGAUUGUAAUGAGGCCAUGACCCAGCCGAGAACCUGUACUAAGGAGAAGUGGUUCGAAUGUGCUGAGUGCGGGAGAAGCUUCAAGUGCAGUUCAAACCUUAUAAGACACCAGAGGGUCCACACAGGCGACAGACCCUACAACUGCCCUGAGUGCAGAAAAAGCUUCAAUUGUAAAUCCCACCUUAUUAGACAUCAGAGAUCUCACACAGGAGAGACCCCCUAUAACUGCCCUGAAUGUGGGAAACAAUUCAAUGACCACUCCAACCUUGUUAGACAUCGGCGAACCCACACAGGAGAAAAACCCUAUAAGUGCACUGACUGCGGGAAAAGCUUCAGGGACAGCUCAGGCCUUCUUGCACAUCAGAGAGUCCACACAGGAGAGAAAUGCCAUAAAUGCCCAGACUGUGGAGAAACCUUCACUCAGCGCUCAUAUGUGACUAGACAUCGGAGGAUUCACACAGGCGAGAGACCCUAUGGAUGCCCCGAUUGUGAAGAACGCUUCUCUUGCUCCUCUGACCUUAUUGUACAUCAGAGAGUCCACACGGGUGAGAAACCCUAUAGCUGCCCUGACUGUGGGAAAAGCUUCAGCCAGAGCCCUAACCUCAUUGUCCACCGGAGAAUCCACACGGGAGAGAGACCCUAUAACUGCCCUGACUGCAGGAAAAGCUUCAGUCAUAAAUCUAACCUCAUUAGACAUCAGCGAACGCACACGGGCGAGUGCCCCUAUGAAUGUUUCGUGUGCGGGAAAAGGUACAAGGCCAAGAUCUCUCUGAUAUUUCAUCUGAAACGCCACAUAGACUAGUGCCAGCCACUUCCCCACCUCUUCCUGUGUCCGUUUCUCCCAUCUCUACAAUUGGGAUAACAACUGUUGCCCGACUCCCAAGGGAGUCAAGUGGCACCACUACUUACAUGUGUGCUCAGUCGCUCAGGACAACACAGGCACCAGGAGAGUACCUUUAUUAGUAUUACUGUAUUGUAUUAAUCUCUGACCCUUCCUGGCUCUCUGUCAUGAGGAGGCUUUUACUGAGCCGAAAGGUUUAACUGGAUUUGCUGAUCCCGUUUUCAGGCAGGGGCUCCGUUCACAUUGUUGCACUGUGAUGUUAUUGAUAUAAAUUGGGACCAUAUAGAACAUGGGUUGCAACCAAGGUCCUGUAGUGGCACCAAAUCUUAGGUAAAGGGGGUCAUAUAAGGUGUCUAA